AUGAAACAGCGUCAGCAUGAAAGUUCCAGUAAAGCCAAUCGACAGCUGAUCAAGAGGAAUCGGCAGUCGUCUUCUGGUGGAACCGAUCUUCGAAUCUCUUCACCCAACACUUUCACUCGAAAUGGAAAUGAGCUCAAUACUUAUAAGAAAAUGACCAGAGGUGCAGCUCGCUACCUUUUCUCUUGGUUUGAUAAGAAGAUCAUCUUCACUCGACAGGAAGAAGCCGAUCAUUCAAACCAUUUGUCCCCGGCUCCGGUUUCAGACAUCCUUUCGACGAAAGAGCCAACUUUACUGGCUAAAGUUUCUACGACGACGGGAUUUAGGCUUCCCAAGAACAUUCGACUUGUGGACGGGUCGGAGGUCCGGUUCGGUCUUCUUCAAAUCUGGACCGCAGGAAGAUGGCGAUGGGUGUGCAGUUAUGGUCAAGAGUGA